AACGAGUACACGGCGGGAAUUUGGGAGCCUUGCCGAAUUGACGCCGAUAAGCAUUACUUUAAAUUUCGUUUCAGAAGAAUGAAAUUGGAGCCUUGAACUCGGGUUCAGUGUCAGGAGGUCCAAGUCUGCGAGUGGGAAAUUUCGGUACAAUUGCCGAAGAAUGUCCUUUCAGCCAUGGACGCAACCUUCUUCAAGCUGGAGCACCUAAUCCAGCCCCGGCACCCGAACAGGGCGCUCCAGCUCCAUCGUCACUUCCCACACGCCCCACGGGGUAAAGACGUCUACGGCGGACCGCCACUGGAUUAUGAUUUUUACACCACGAUGAGCCCUUCGUUUCAGCAGAUUGUGAAGAGCGAGGUCGCCAAAGCUAUGCUUGCAGAUUCCCUUACUCCCGCGCAGCUGCUUCGUUUAUUCUUCCACGACUGUUUCGUGAUGGGAUGCGACGCGUCUCUCUUACUGAAAUCCACCGUGCUGAACCUCGCAGAGAGGGACCAUCCAAGCAACUUCACGGUGGAUAAGUUUUCCGUCAUCGACGCUAUCAAGGCUGAGCUCGAGAAGGCUUGCCCUGGCAUUGUGUCGUGUGCUGACAUUGUGGGUGCUGCUGCUGUAGAAGCUGUGGAACAGGCCGGAGGACCUCACAUCGACCUUGCAUAUGGUCGAAGGGACGGCCUUGACUCGUUUGGGCAAGCUGCGAAGACGAAUCUACCCGGCAGCACGCUUCAAGUCGAGGGCCUACGAGAAAACUUCGCAAACGUGGGUCUGAAUCUCACAGACAUGGUGGUGCUCUCAGGAGGUCAUACAAUUGGUCAAGCCCGCUGCUCCUCAUUCGCGGACCGAUUCGCACCUGCAGCGAAGAACCCAUUCCCCGACACUAUAUUCGGCCAAGAGCUCAAUGCUUACUGUGUCGAAGGCAACAGACUAGGAAUCGAUCGCCGAAUGACGCUCGACGCCAACAGCACCACAAUCUUCGACAACGGCUACUUCCAGAGCAUCGUUGCAGGCCGCGGCAUACUGACAACCGACAACGUCCUCUUCACCGAUAACCGCACUAAAUCCCUGGUCACUACCUUCGCGCAGGACCAGACUGUGUUCUUCGAUGCAUUCAAGGAGUUGAUGGCGAAGAUGGGCCGCAUUGGUGUGCUGACCGGCACUCAGGGGCAGAUUCGCAAGCAGUGCUGGGUGCGCAACCCCAUUGACCCCGCAACCACGCCCGACGCGAACAUGGAGUUCGCGCCUGCGAGCUUAGAGUUCUGCACGCCUAAUCCUUGCCCUGCCACAUGCUCCAGCAACACUGCAUAGAUUUAAUAUCACCUGCGUAAGGUAGAUGUAGAGACUUCUUUUGUUUAUUAAGUCCAGACUGUGUUGCAAGUGAUCAGGCAAGCUGAUCCGGCACUGUGUCCAUUUAGAUUUUGUCUAACGAGAUCCAACACCUAAUUUUUUCACAAUUGUAAUACAUACAUUGUGUUUAA